CACGGAGAGCAGCCAGGGUGAGACAAGCAUCUUUCAUGCCUUCAGUAAGGUAAGAUUAAUGGCAGUUUCUUUCCAGCCACAGAAUCAGUAUUGGUUGUCACUUUAAUACAUGCACAGACAUCAGUGCAGGACACACAGGCGGCGGAAGGAGAGAUUUGGUUUAAGAUACCCCAUUAUAUGUUUACUCUUCUUUAUUUUUCCUUAGAAUUAUGGAAAAAGUGUCCUUAGAUAACAAUCUUUAUGCAGGCGACCUGUCACCAAUUGCUGCUAACGGAGACCAGGGAGUCAGGGGGUCGCCGCUGCACACUCCUGGCGAGGCGUCCACGCGGGCGGCAAGGGAAGCCUCUCGUGUGGCACCUUCGUUGAUACAAUAUGACAAGGGUCCUGAAGCAGCCGGUGACCAUGACAGAAGUGCAGUCAACACAGCAUCGGGACAGGAGCGGUGGAAGCAGGACAGCGACGACAAGAGAGACGAAUACAGGCCGCCUGAGGCACCGCAAGAACAAGCAGCGUUCGGAGCAGAGCUGCUUCAGGAUCCACCAUCGCUCGUGACAAAAGCCAGUGCAUCAGAAGAGAUGCCUGAGGUGGUGGUUGAAACUGAAGAUGAAACAGAGCCACAGACAAAAAUCAGCUCAGAUGAGUUUGCAGCAAAAAAUCCCGGGGAUCGCAUCAAAAGGGAGACAUCACAGGCCGCCGACAAGGCUGAUGACACAGGUGGUGGCGCGGCAGAGGAGCCCAGACUCUCCCGGUUGUCUCGCGUGAAGGAGAAGCAGACGCAGAUGGACACGGGGGCGGCGGAGGAGGAGGAGGAGCGGCACAUAGGUCAGGAGCUGUCAGACCAACAUUUGCUCUACAAUGACCUGUUCCGCAACUACAACAAGCACAUCCGCCCCGUGAAGCACCACGACGAGAUUAUCACAGUGCACUUCGAGGUGGCCCUCUUCAACGUGCUCUCCGUGGACACCAAGGCGGGUCUCAUGAUGACCAACACGAAGGUCAUUCAGAUCUGGAACGACCCCUACCUGCGCUGGGACCCGUUCUACUACAACCAGACCAAGAACCUGCGUGUCCUGUACAGUGACGUGUGGCACCCUGACAUAAUCCUCUACAAUUCAGCGGACACGAGCUACGAGGACUCAAUGAUAAACACCAACAUCAUCAUAGACCACAACGGCACGGUGACGCUACUGACCCACGGCAUCUUCACCUCCGUGUGCGACAUGGACAUCCAGUGGUUUCCCUUCGACCAGCAGACCUGUGACAUGAUCUUCUCCUCGUGGACCAUGGACAUGCACCAGAUGAUACUGGAGUUGGGCCCCUCAGACAUCACUCACUUUCACGCCAACCAAGAGUUCUUCCUCGAGGACUUUUACUCGCAACAGUUUCUGGAUUACGACCCGUGCUGCAAAGAGCCCUUCUCUAUCAUCAGUUACCACAUUCAGAUGCAGAGACGUGUCAAGUUUGCGCUAUUCUUCUUCAUCGUUCCCGGAGUCCUCAUCAACAUUUGCGCUCUACUAGUGUUUUCGUUGCCUGCCGAGUCCGGGGAGAAGGUCGGGCUGGGCAUUAACUCCAUGCUGGCUAUGAUGGUGUUUUUGAUGGCCAUGACGGAGAACCUGCCGCCUUCACAGACCCUCCCCGUGGCAGGUGUGUACUACGGCGUGUGUCUCAUCUUGCUCACCUUCAACAUCGUCUUCUCGGUGUACGUCCUCAAUUUGUCCUACAGCGGCGACCGCGGCUACCAGGUGCCGGAGUGGACGAGGAAGAUGACCCUCUUCACGGCUCGCGCUGUCUACAUGAAGAUUCCAGACUUUCUCUUCGAGGCGUGGGAACUUGAUAAGGACAACUUGAAGGACAGCCUGAACACCGUCACUGAGCUGAAGGGAUUCAAACAUGUCAAAACCAAUCUGGUCACGGUGGAGUCCAACAACUUCUACCAGGGAAGUCACACAUUCAAAGAUCCUUACCAGCGACGGUCCCUCGAGGCACUUGAGGGAAUCCUGCAGGUGCUGACGCGGGAGGAGAAUGAAACCCGCACCCGCGCCAGGAAGGACACGCUGGUGGAGGAGUGGAAGUUCCUGUCGCGAGUGGUAGACAGAUUCCUCUUCAUCAUCUUCACUAUUGCCACGGCGCUCUUCAACAUCAUCAUCCUCACGCAGUCGCCUCACGGGGAGAAGUUCGAGUUUUGUCCUCUUGGGCGAGGCAUGUGCGGCGAGGAUUACGAGUUGGAGAGCGUGGCAGACCUCGCCGCCAAGGGGGGACUCCGCGGCAGUGGGGGAGGAGCAGGACACUAGCGGCGCCAAGUAGCAGCCAUAAAGAAGGUUGUGUUCCUGGGGGCAGAGUUCUCUAAGGGCAGCAGGAACAGCAACAACAUAAAUACGACAGAAUCAACAACAUGCACAGCAUAAACUAGGAAUUAUCUUGACCAGUGUUGUUUUAAUUAUCAUUACUAUUAUUGUUACUGUCAUUGCUAUUAUUCAUUCGUUCUUCUCUUUUUUUUUUCUUUUUUUCUUCUUUCUUCCCGUACAUAAAGCAGAGGGAAUUUCUGUGAGGUGAAGAAGUUUAGGUAUAUUUCUGAAUGAGGCAGCGCAUCAUAAAGAUCAGGCAAUAUAGUACAUUAAAGUAAGCAACAUUCAGUAUAGUAUUUGUCUUCAUUAUGUGAUUACCAAGAGCAUUCCAUCUUCUUUUUCUAAAUGUACAAUAAAACAUGAGUAUCUUUGGGACUUCAGAAAAUCAAUGAACUGAUGAGAAACUGAUCGGGACUCGUAGUAGAAAGAACAAAAUCUUAAUUAGUACUCAGUUUUGGACGAAUGAAGCUUCCAUUUUACUUAGACUGGAAAGAGAACUCCACUUGAUUAAAAUACUGAUCCAGAAAUAUAUAUAUAUUUUUUUUGUAACGCUGAUUCAACGUGUUAUUAAUAAGAAAGCAUUUCACCUGAGUUAGAUUCUGAUUACACAUUUUUUUUCUAUUUAGCGCUGACUUCUGUUCAUAAUAUAGAGGAAAUGCAUCAUAGUAAAUAAAUAAACAAAAAUAAUAUAAACGAAUAUUCAUAGGUAGAGCAAUACAAAAAACAAUAAAAUCAAGGAAAACUAAACAAUUCAUUGC